AACAACAUCCUCCAAUCCCUGGAUCUAGCUCCUUUCUCAGUACACAGGUCCAAGUACUGUGAGCAGAUCCAAGAGCUCCCAUCCCUCAAUGAUGCAGCACCUGUCAAGAAGGAGCACUUUGUUGUAUCCUAUAACAAAGCAAAAGAAGAAGCACUCUCAGAAUGGGUUAUCUGA